AUGGGGCACUUAGUAACGGUUGCUACUUGCAACUUGAACCAAUGGGCUCUUGAUUUUGAGGGAAACCGCGAUAGAAUUAUUCAAAGUAUAAGGAUCGCUAAGGAAAGAGGGGCUUCAUUUAGAACAGGCCCGGAAUUAGAAAUCACGGGCUAUGGCUGUCUGGACCAUUUCUUGGAAGCAGAUACUUAUAUGCAUUCUUGGGAAAUGUAUUCACAAAUCAUUACUCACCCCGAUUGCCAGGAUAUCUUGCUUGAUAUUGGUAUGCCCAUUAUCCAUAAAAGCGUCAGAUACAAUUGUAGAGUCAUUUCUUACAACAGAAAAAUCUUCCUUAUUCGUCCUAAACUCUGGUUGGCAAAUGAUGGCAAUUAUAGAGAAAUGAGAUACUUUACACCUUGGUAUAGACAAAAGCAUGUUGAAGAUCAUAUCCUGCCAGUCAUGAUUCAGGAAGUUCUAGACGGAAAACAGAGGUCUGUUACGUUUGGUGAUGCUAAACUAGACGGCUUGGAGACAUCAUUUGGAUUCGAAACAUGCGAGGAGCUUUUCACCCCGAAUAGUCCCCAUAUUGGACUGGCUUUGGAUGGAGUUGAGUUCUUCACCAAUUCCAGUGGCAGCCAUCACGAAUUACGUAAACUGGACACUCGUAUGCGAUUGAUUGUUGAGGCCACCAAAAAGUGUGGUGGUGUAUAUCUCUAUGCAAACCAAAGAGGUUGUGAUGGUGACCGAUUGUAUUACGACGGAUGUGCUUUGAUUGUGGUUAACGGUGACGUAGUUGCCCAGGGAGCUCAAUUCGGUCUAGAUGAUGUUGAAGUUGUUACUGCUACUGUGGAUCUGGACUCAGUUCGAAGCUAUCGUUCUGCUCCUUCUUUCGGAAUGCAAUCCACCGCAGUUGAAAAAUCGUACCCAUCAGUGGAGUUCAGUAGUGCUAGUGGAGCAUUAUCUGGACGCAGCCUCGAGUUUGACAUGACCGUUAUUCCUACUAAAGCUAGGCCGCUUAGAUACCACACUCCUGAGGAGGAAAUUGCCCUGGGACCAGCCUGCUGGCUAUGGGAUUACCUUCGCAGAUGUAGAGCUGGUGGAUUCUUCAUUCCUCUAAGUGGCGGUAUUGACAGUUGCGCUACUUCAGUUAUUGUUCAUUCUAUGUGUCGAUUAGUCGCCGAAGCUGCCAAGAACGGUAACGAGCAAGUUAUUGCGGAUGCCAGGCGUUUAGCUGGAAAGGCAGUUGAAGAAAAUCCUGAAUGGGUUCCUACUGAUCCUAAAGAAUUCGCUAACAUGAUAUUCCAUACCUGUUAUAUGGGUACCGAGAAUUCAUCAAACGAGACACGUGCUAGAGCAAAGGCCCUAGCCAAUGAUAUUGGCUCUUACCACGUUGACAUGAACAUCGACACAGUUGUAACAGCUGUUCGCAAACUUUUUGAAACAGUCACUGGAAAGAGUCCUCAGUAUAAAGUGCAUGGCGGUUCUCAACCCGAGAACUUGGCCCUUCAAAAUAUUCAAGCUCGUCUACGUAUGGUUUUAGCAUAUUUGUUUGCAUUGUUACUUCCUUGGGUGCGUAGCCGCCCUACAGGUGGCCUUUUGGUCCUUGGUAGCGCUAAUGUCGAUGAGGCGUUACGUGGGUAUCUUACUAAAUACGAUUGUUCCAGUGCUGAUAUCAAUCCUAUUGGCGGUAUAUCAAAGACCGACCUAAAAGCUUUUAUAGCAUACGCGAGAGAUGCCUUUGACAUGCCAGUUCUAAACGACUUUCUUACAGCCACGCCCACGGCGGAACUUGAACCAAUCACCAAAACAUACGUCCAGUCGGAUGAAGCUGAUAUGGGCUUUACAUAUGACGAACUCUCAGUUUUCGGCAGAUUGCGAAAAGUUGAGAAAUUCGGUCCGUAUAGCGCAUUUAUCAAGCUCUACCAUGAAUGGACCCCUAGACUCACGCCUGCUGAGAUUGCAGUUAAGGUGAAGCGCUUCUUUUACUUUUACGCCAUAAACCGUCAUAAGAUGACUGUUCUUACACCGUCAUAUCAUGCAGAGCAAUACUCACCUGAUGAUAACCGGUUUGAUUUGAGGCCUUUCCUUAUUCUCCCUUCUUUCCCAUGGGCAUCCAAGAAGAUUGAUGAGGUUGUCAAGUCAUUUGAAGCCAAGAACCAAUCUCUGCAACAAGAUAAACAAGACUAG